GCUCAAGCACAUCCUGUCUCUACCGCUUCCUACUGUGUCGCAGUGUCUAACAAGCAGCAGCAUGGCGGACGGUGUCAUGGAAUUGCGCUCAGCGCGUCCAUACCCGUACAAGUUCCGGGCGGAGUCGACAGCACUGGUCAUUAUUGAUAUGCAACGAGACUUUGUCGACUUCAACGGCUUCGGACAGAUCCAAUGUGGCAACGAUGAUAUUUUCAAGAAAGUCAGGAACAUUGUACCCAGGACGCAAAAAGCAUUAGAAGCAGCACGAAGCCUGGGAUUGUAUGUGGUGCACACUCGAGAAGGGCAUACACCUGAUCUUUCUGAUCUUCCACCAUCGAAGAAAUUGCGCCAGGUAUCUGCACCCUCCGGCCAUCAUACCAUGGGAAUAGGCGAUCAAGGCCCAAUGGGAAGACUUCUCGUGCGUGGUGAGUACGGCCACGAUAUUAUAGACGAACUCAGACCAAUUCCUGGCGAACCUGUCAUCGACAAGCCUGGUAAAGGCUCCAUGUGGGAUACAAAUCUGCACCGCACUCUCCUGGCUCGUGGCAUUACGCAUUUACUGUUCGCUGGCGUCACGACCGAGUGUUGCGUAAAUACAACGGCGCGGGAGUGCGCCGAUCGUGGCUUCGAGACGUGCAUCUUAUCCGACUGUACAGAUGGCUUCGACGAAGGUUUCUACACCAGCACACUGGAUAUGUUGUGCAGCUACGAUGGACUCUUCGGCUUUGUUGGCAGUUCCACUGAGCUGCUGAAAUACGCUCCUGCGCUGACACAAACCCCUCCAACCACGCCUCCGGGUUUCUCAGGCGAUGUCUCGAUUGCUGGACUUCGCAAGCAAUAUACUAGCGGCCAACUCAGACCUCCAGACGUGGCCAAGGAAAUAAGUGCUCGACUUCUUAGUUACAAAGACAAGGACUCAGCUGUGUGGAUACAGGUGCAGGACCCGGCUGAGCUUCUCAAGGCUGCACAGGCUGUCGAGGAUCGGUUCGCCGGUAGACCCCUUCCUGAGCUCUACGGCACAUUUUUUGCAGUGAAGGAUAAUAUCGAUGUUGCGAACAUCACAACAACAGCCGGCUGCGAAGCCUACGCUUACGUUCCAAAGGAAAAUGCUGAAGUGGUGAAGGCCAUGAUCGAUGCAGGAGCAAUCUUCGUUGGCAAGAGCAAUCUCGAUCAACUGGCUACUGGCCUCUCUGGCUGUCGGUCGCCAUAUGGAACGCCGCAUAGCGUCUUCAGCAGCCAGCAUAUCUCAGGUGGCUCCUCAUCAGGGUCUGCCAUUGCCGUUGGUGCUGGGCUUGUGUCGUUCGCCCUUGGAACAGACACAGCUGGCUCAGGGCGAGUGCCUGCCGCUUACAAUGGUAUCGUUGGGCACAAGCCCACAAAAGGGACACUGAGUGCCCGUGGUGUAGUGCCUGCUUGUAAGAGCCUCGACACCGUGACGGUCUUCGCUACUUCAGUCGAAGAAGCACGCAGAAUCUGGCUGGUAGCAGAUCAAGGCCCGGACGAGGCUGAUCCUUAUGCCAAGUCGCAGCAGUCACUCGCUUUGUGGCAUGCAGAUUUCCGUGGCGUCAAGACUGGUGGUUUCACCUUUGGCGUGCCUCCGUCUACCGCACUCCAACAAUGUGACGAGUCCUCUCAAAAGCUGUUCGCCAAAUCUGUCGCGAGACUGGAACGAGCAGGUGGAACGUCACGAGAGGUGGAAUGGAAAUCAUUCGAAGGUGGGAGCAAUAUCUUGUACGAGGCGUCGCUGGUCCAAGAGCGAAUAGCAUGCAUCGGCCCAGAGUUCAUUGAAGAGAAUAUUGAGACAUUGCACCCGACCACAAGAGAACUGCUCUCAGCAACGACAAACAGUACAAUCAAGCCAUGGGAAGUCUUCAGAGACCAGCACCUUCAAGCUCUGUACACUCGGGACGCUGCGAAGAUAUUCCAAGAAAUUGAUGUCCUGCUCGUACCCACAACUCCCUGCCACCCAACAAUUGCUGAAAUGGAGGAAGAUCCUAUUGGACUCAACGCAAAGCUGGGCUACUUCACACACCUCGCCAAUGUACUUGACCUGUGUGGCAUUGCCGUACCCGCUGGAACGUAUCAGGACCAGAGUGGACUCACGCUGCCUUUUGGUGUGACUUUGUUGGGGGCUUCGGGCAAGGAUGGGCGGAUAUUUGACAUCGCGAGAGAAUUUGAGCGCACCACGUAGCAAUGUCCAUCAUUGAACUCGCAUCUUUGCAUGUAAUCCAGCCAAAUAUAUUUCCAAC